GUGGUGGGAGGGAGAAAAAGCAAAAUCGUUUUCAAGCAAACAGUAGACUCAAGUGUGUCAACGUAACAAACAUAAAUGCAACUGCUUCUUCUCUUUUAAAGUUUCAUUCAGAUGCAUUUCCUCUUCCUCUAGGGUUUUCCCUUUCUGCAAAUUCCUCACAUUCAUCUCUCUUCUGCCGAUCGAUUGCUCUCUCUCUCUCUCUCUCUCUCUCUCUCUCACACACACACACACUAUUCUCAUUUUCUUUAUUUAAUUAGAACGCGCUUUCUCGUCUCUCAUCGUUUCCUCAUCUCUCGCCUCGCAUUCGAUGAGUGAUUCCAAGGUAAGAAGUGGGUUUUGCGUGUGGCCAGAUGCGAGACAACUUUGCUUAAGGAAAGGUCUUCUAUAUGGAUUUAUGCGAUUGUUUUCUAUACCAUUGAAAACAAUCCGUGGAGCUAGUCGGUCGUUGAGAGUGGAUCAAUUUUGCAGUGUAGUGAAUUUAUCUUCCUCAUUGCAGAUAGAAUUGGUUCCAUGCCUUAGAGACAAUUAUGCAUAUCUUUUACAUGACGUGGAUACGGGGACAGUUGGUGUUGUUGAUCCCUCUGAAGCUGCGCCUAUCAUAGAUGCGUUGAGUAAGAAGAAUCUAAAUUUGACAUACAUACUGAACACUCACCACCAUCAUGAUCAAACUGGUGGGAAUGCAGAGUUGAAAGAAAGGUAUGGGGCAAAGGUAAUUGGUUCAGAAAUAGACAAGGAAAGAAUUCCUGGUAUUGAUAUCUAUUUGAGUGAUGGAGAUAUCUGGAUGUUUGCAGGCCAUGAGGUUCAUAUAUUGGCCACACCUGGUCACACCGAAGGUCAUGUAAGCUUCUACUUUCCAGGAUCUGGGGCAAUUUUUACCGGAGACACCUUGUUCAGCUUAUCAUGUGGCAAGCUCUUCGAAGGAACCCCUGAACAGAUGCUAUCUUCUCUUAAAAGGAUCAUGUCUUUGCCAGAUGAUACAAGUAUUUAUUGUGGUCAUGAAUAUACGUUGAGUAAUUCAAAGUUUGCCUUGUCUAUAGAACCUGGAAACAAGGAACUUCAAUCCUAUGCUGCCCAUGUAGCUCAGCUUAGAAAUAAGGGCUUGCCCACGAUUCCAACUACGCUGAAAACGGAAAAAGCUUGCAAUCCAUUUCUUCGCACAUGGAGCAUGGAAAUCCGGCAAAAGUUAAAUAUUGCAGCCACAGCAGAUGAUGCAGAAGCUCUGGGUGUUAUUCGGCAGGCAAACGAUCAUUUUUAGAAUUUUUUAAUUAAAUCUUAAAAUUCUAAAGAUACUUUUUCUGUAUAGAUUAGGUUAAUGAAUCCAUCAAUGGAAUAAUAUUUACUUGGUGGUAUCGUAAUAUAAUUUUUCAAUUUUCUUUGGGUUCAUUUGAAAUGUAAAUUAGAUUUCAGUUUUGUUGGCAUGAUGGGAGUCAGAAUCAUGAUGAUGCAGGGAAGCCGCUCAGACACUCCCCUCGUGUUAGCAUAUGCAUAUGUUGAGAAAGUUGUAUUUUGAUCCAUUGUACUUUUGUGAUACGAUGAUUUUCAAUAUUCCAAAAACUAGUUUGUACAUAUAAAGAGCAUUAACCCCGGCUUUAUUUAGGCUAA